CGACUCCAAAUCUUUCUCUUUCAACGAUCAAACAGUGAGGUGCAAACCCUGACUACCUCGAUUCGCCUCCCUCCAGUACUGCACGCCCAAACAACUCCGUCAAGAUGGUCUUAGCGAAGAGCAAGAACAGCGUCGGGUUGGGCAAUAGCCUGAUGAACGAUCGCUUCGGCAAAGGCAAGGGUUCAGACAGGAAGAAAGUCUCUGCACAGGGUGUACUUCGGGUCGACCACACUACCGGACAGACUUACGUUACAAAUGAAGCGAAAGAGGCCUCUUGGGUGAAGAUGCGCAGUGUCACUGAACAAGGCGCUCUCGACGAGUUUCUUUCGACUGCCGAACUCGCAGGCACUGAUUUCACGGCAGAGAAGAUGAAUAAUGUCAAAAUCAUACAUUCUGAUCAAAAUAACCCAUAUCUUCUAAGCGCGGCUGAAGAGAGAGGUGCUAGGAGAAAACAUGCACAGAACAAGGGAAGAUUGACUGUCCCGAGGCGGCCGAAGUGGGAUGAGACAACGACACCCCGACAAUUAGAUGAACAGGAGAGAGCAAGCCUGUUGGAUUGGAGACGAGGACUUGCAGAGUUGCAGGAAAAUGACGAUCUACUCAUGACACCUUUCGAGCGAAAUAUUGAAGUCUGGAGACAACUAUGGAGAGUUAUCGAGAGGUCGGAUUUAAUCGUGCAGAUUGUCGACGCUAGAAAUCCGUUGCUCUUUCGGAGUGAAGAUCUUGAGAGAUACGUCAAGGAAGUCGACCCCCAGAAGCGCAACUUGCUGCUGGUCAACAAGGCUGAUAUGAUGACCGAGGAACAACGACAAGUAUGGGCAAUGUAUUUCCAGCAACAAGGGAUCAAUUACAAGUUUUUCUCGGCUCAUCUUGCAAAAGAGAUGAACGAGGGCCGAGAUGCCAUUGAGGAAUUAGACGCACGGCAGAUUCAACAACAGAUCGAUCGGAACUUGCCUCAGAAGACCAUGGCCCAGAACCUCCAAGAUCUCAAUCUGAGAGAAGAGGACGGUGAAGAGUGGUCAGAUGAGGAAGAAGGAUCUGACGAAUCCGAUGAAGACAACUUCGAAGCUGGACCUUCAGAACUGCCAUCUGCUAGCACACAGAUAUUGACCGUGGACGAACUAGAAGCAUUGUUUCUAGAGAAUAUACCGAAAGACAGCACACAGGAUCGGAAAACGACAAUAGGACUAGUUGGUUACCCCAACGUCGGAAAGUCAUCGACGAUCAAUGCCAUGAUCGGUGCAAAGAAAGUCAGCGUCUCAUCUACCCCAGGAAAGACGAAGCACUUCCAGACCAUACAUCUCUCCGAUCGGGUCAUUUUGUGUGAUUGUCCUGGUCUAGUUUUCCCAAACUUUGCAACCACCAAGGCCGAACUAGUUUGCAAUGGCGUUCUACCCAUUGACCAACUACGUGAAUUUACCGGUCCGGCUGGCCUUGUCGCACACAGAAUUCCACAGGCAUUUUUAGAGAAUGUCUACGGUAUGAAGAUUGUGACAAGGCCUGUAGAGGAAGGCGGCACAGGGACACCGACGGCGUCUGAAAUGUUGCGAGCAUAUGCCAAAGCUCGAGGUUUCGCUACGACCGGCCACGGCCAGCCAGAUGAGUCGAGGGCUGCGAGAUAUAUCUUGAAGGACUACGUUAAUGGCAAAUUACUGUACUGCCACCCACCUCCCCACGACCCAGAAAUCGACGGGGCGGAAUUCAACGAAGCCCUUUACGAUUUCGCGCAUCUGCCGGCCAAGCGACAAGCCUGGCUGAUCGCACAUAAUGACGAAAUUACGCGGGAUGGAGAUACUGAAUCACAGAUGUCGGUGCCUCUACGCCCACAGGAGACAGGCAACAAGUCAAGAUCCCUUGAUAAGCGAUUCUUUGGUCCUGGCUCUGGAAAUGCAGGCCACCUGACUAUGCCUUUUAAUCACCAGUACACAGAACAGGGAGCACAGCAGAAGCAAUUGACGGGGCGAAAAGCAAGGACAAUGGUUGCGCUCGAGAGAGAUAUUGACCCGGCGGACAUGAAGCUGAACAGCAAGAAGCAUUUCAAAGGCGCAAGGAGGAAGGCGAGGACCGUCAGAUCAGCGAACGAUGAUGAGUGAUUGACGUUUGUUAACCGUAUGGUAUGGGAAUAAGCGAGAUAGAAUAAUUCCAUAUCAAUGACUCGGUCUUCAUGGACAUCACUAAAGGGUACAUGACAC